GCACUCCAAAAGACCUCAGCCUUCUCAGCAGAGGAGGAUGCUUCCCCAGAUAUACGGAUCCUCUGUUUCUCCAAUCAGAGUUUACAGUAUUUUAGUUCUCCAUCUUCUAAUAGACUUAAACAGAGGGGAGUCUCAGGUGGUUGGUCCACAUCAACCAAUAGUUGCAUUAGUUGAUAAUGACAUCAUUCUCCCGUGUCACGUGGAGCCUGGAAAGGAUGUGACAGCUGAGAUCUUGGAGUGGACCAGGUCUGACUUGACGCCCAGAUUUGUACAUGUGUGGCGUUCUGGUCAGGAUCUCGUGAACACAAGAAAUCCUUCAUACAGAGGAAGAACAUCACUGUUCAUCAAUGAGCUGAAGAAUGGAAACAUUUCACUGAAACUCUCCAGAGUAAAACUCUCUGAUGAAGGAACAUAUCAAUGCGAGGUUCCUUCAAUGGAUAAAAACGCUUUGGUUAAGCUUGUGGUUGUGCCAGAUGUCGCCACCUCUCCUGUCAUCAGUCUAUCAGGGAUUGACAGUAACAGACCUGGAGUGGUGUUACAGUGUGAGUCUGCAGGCUGGUAUUUUGAGCCUGAGCUGCUGUGGUUGGACAGUGAGGGAAACCUCCUCUCUGCUGGACCUACAGAGACCCUCAGAGGUCCUGAUGACCUCUAUACUGUCAGCAGCAGAGUGACUGUGGAGAAGAGACACAGCAACAACAUCACCUGCAGAGUCCAACAGAAGAUCAUCAACCAGAGCAGAGAGACACACAUACAUGUUCCAGAGGAUUUCUUUGAGGUCCAGUGUAGUUCUUCCUCAGUCACCGGUUUGGCUGUUUGUUUGGCUCUUUGCAUCAUCCUGUUAAUUUUAGCAUCUGCUCUUCUUGUAUACAUGAAGAGACGAAACAUGAUUAAAACCAAAAGAACCCUCGAGGACUGUGAAGAUGCUUCCACUGAAGAAAACAGAGAGGAAGAGAGGCUCAUGAAGGGUCUCGGGGAGAAGUUGCUGGAUCUGAAUACAGCUGCCACAGGCUCAGAGCUGGAGAAAAACCAGGAAGCUGACAAGAAGCUGAAGGACACUGAAGAACUGAAUACAACAAAAGUACAACAGUCAGAGUCUCAGUCUGAUGAAUCUCUGAGAUGUUUCCAGGAGCAGAAUCAGAGCAGCUCAGCCAAUCAGAGCCCGGUGAGAGGUGACAUCAUUCUGGAAGAGGUCGAUAGAAAUGGCUGCUAUCUCUGUCUCAAAAACAUUUCCAGAGAGGAUCAAUUUUUGGGAGGUUGGGAGUUGAAACUACAGAACAGCAAACAACAACCCAUAACACACAAAUUUAAAGGAGACUAUACACUGAGAGCUGGGCGGACACUCACUUUACGGAUACCAGCUACCAGAAACCCAAAUACUGACUGUGAUGACCUGAUCUGGAUGGACCUGGAGAACUGGAGCCUGGAUGACAGCCUGAAGAUCGACCUCAUCAGCAACACUGGAGAGCAGCACAGACUGAAGUGAUGCUUCAUUAAAAACAAAGACACACUUGUGAAUUCACCAGAAUUACUUUUGUCUCAUUUAAGCAUCAUUAAAUUUUGUAUGUUACUAAAAAUUUGUAGAUAUAAAAUGUGAUCUUUAAAAAUGAUUCCUUAUUCUUUGAGGUGCAACACAAAAGUAGUUUUGCUUGGACAUGGAUGAAGAUGAGGCUUCACUGAGUCUGUUGAAGCUGAAGCUGCCUGAGUGAAAACCUCACAAGAGCUCCAAAAAGAGCCCAGCUGGAUUCUUAGUGAAAAUUAUUUUAAUUCAAUUCAGUUUUAUUUAUAUGCCAAACAAAUUUGUGGGCCAAAUUAAUGAGAGUUGCCUUUAACAAUAUGUAGAAUUUGACACUCUA